UGUAAUGGAGAGGUUUACAGCCAGUGUACAGUAUUUUCAGAAACUGAGGAUUUGGUGUAACAAGAAAUGAUUCACAAUAGUUUUAUACCACAUUCAGGUUGCCGUGCAGGUAUGGAAGUAUUUAUUUGAACAUUUCAAGGUAUGGAAAAAUGUUAAAAGAAACCACAAAGUCUUGAAACAUGCAGCAAAGAGUGUUACUGUUUUGAUACACGCAUCUAAAUACUACAGAGUAUUUAUUGUGAAAACUAUGAAGACUAUGAAGGGAUAUGGACUAGGUAAUGGGUCAUUAUCCAGGAUACAGGAUCCUCAAAUCCAGUCACGAAGUUGAGUUUGGAAAAAGGCAUGGAAACUCAAAAUAGCAAACAAGUAUACACCUUGAAGAAACGGGAAUGUAGACUUGAAGUACACAGUUAAGUGGAUGAGUAAGUUCAGGAUGGGUAUCCCAGGUACUGUAAAUGUUCUUCUACCUAGAACAAGGAAUGCUCCUUUACCCAGAGCUCCCUGCACCCAGCACCAGUCAAAUAUAAGCCCCCAGCAUUUAGUCCAAACCCUAAGUUACAGUGCCACACAAAAGACUAUAAAGAAGAUACUUUGUAAAUUAACUUCUACUUUUAAUUCCCCAUCUUUUAUCACUUUCAUGCACUUAACGAAAGUUUAACUUUCAAAUUUGUAGAUCACCUUGUUUGUUUCCCUGUGUAUUUACAAGUGAAACAUGUAGGAUGUCAUGACUCAUCAGUGUUGAGGUGUUAAUGGAAAAACAAAAGAAGAAUCGAUACGGACACCACUGACUUGAAACAGAAAUGACACUGAGCUUUGAGGAAACAACAAAAAAAUAAAGCGUUUCAAAUUUUUUUUCUAGCUUCUCUCUGAUUUAUUUUACUGAGCUAAGUUGAGCAUUUCUUAACUAAUGUAGGCUAAUGCACAAUCAUGAUUUACUGCAGAAGACUGAAGAGAAACCGGAAGACAGCAGGUCCUUUUAUCCACAGGAUGCAUAGAUUUAGGACUUUGAGGAUGCCAGAUGUUUCCAGGACGCCAGCAGCAGCCUAUAGUUUCACUAACCAGCCGAAAGCAUCGCGAUAAAUCAGCGGCAGCACAGAAAAGUUGAGCUCGGCGAACCAGAUUAUGCGCCCUGACGCACCCUGGAACAGCAGCGAUGGGAGCUUCACAGACGCGCACCGAGAAGUACCAGGAUCUGGCGGAUAAAACUGGAUUUUCACUGGAGCAGAUUGAAAACCUUCACAAAAGAUUCCAGCGGCUGAGUAAUAAUGAACAGACAAUAAGUAGAGAACAAUUGGACAGCAUACCGUCCCUUGACUACAACCCAAUCAAAAAGCAAAUUAUUGAAGCAUUCUUCGAUAAAAGGAACCAGCAUCAGAAUGAGGUGGGCUCCUACGAAGAGAUUGGCUUCGAGCAGUUCCUCAUGGUCAUGUCCCACUUCCGCCCUCCAUCCUUGACGACAACAGAGGAGGAGAAGGAAACUAUGAGAAAAGAGAAGCUUCGCUUCCUGUUCAACAUGCACGACACAGGCAAUGAUGGCACCAUCACUCUGGUGGAGUACAGGAAGGUAGUAGAGGAGCUUCUGUCAAAGAGUGGAGACAUCGAGCAGGAAACUGUCAAGGCGAUAGCAGAUGCCGCCAUGUUGGAGGUGGCGAGCACAAAUGUGCCCCACAUGGCCCCAGAUGAGUUCUAUGAAGGAAUUACGUUUGAGCAUUUUCAACAGAUUUUAAAAGGGCUUGAAAUGGAGACCAAGAUGUACAUUCGCUUUCUGGAUGUAGACACACCAACAUUGCGUUGUGGGAAUUCAACCUCUUGAAGUUGUUCUUGUAAAGAAAUGUUUAUGUUGCUGCAGUUUUUUGCAGAGUCUCUCCAGUCCUUAAAUGGAAUAAAGCCAAACACUAGAUGUACACUAAUAUAUUUUUGGGUGGAGGAAAAUAAUUAUAGACCUAUUACCAUGUAAGAUUUGUAUACAGAUUAGUCUGGAAGUGUUGUUUAUUCAAUUUUAAAGCAGUGUGAUCCUAGUAGUAAGUGUCACAUAUUUGAUAUAAAAAUGUGUUUCCCAUCUUUUGCCACACUCCUAUUCAUUGUUAUCAGGUUUUAAACUAACACGCUACCUCUCCAAAACUUCAUCUAACCAGCAUGUAAUGUAAAGGGUGCUUUGUACUUUAAUCUAAAGGUUCAUGUGGUAGAUAAAGUCAGUCAUGCUCAGGGCUGCUCUGGCAUCCAUGUCAGGGCCAACAUCCAAAGAGUGAGACUGCAGGCACAUACCAUUCCUCUGCAGCUCCAGAAUACUUACAGGUUUAAUUUCUGGGCCUGUGAGAGUCUGUGUAACCAGACACUGCUGUUCUGCAUUUGAAAAUCUACUAUUUUUGACCACUGCCGAGUAAAUCUAACCCUUUCCCUGAGAUACAUUAUUACUGAUUUUGUACUGAAUUGUAUUAAUGAAAGAAAUCAAUUAAAGACCACAUGAUAAAACCAA